ACGCUGAGUGAUUUUUGGAAGGUACUGUCAGAGCAUGCCAGCUACAUAGGUACAGAUGACGAGUGGCUCAUCAAUCUUCUGCAAUAUUUCACAGUUAUACAUUAUUUGGAACACCGUAGUUUACCGAUCGUAUUUGUUGAUUUCUUGAAAAAAGCAGUAUCCAAAGAUACGGAGUUUGAAAUAUUGCUUGGACAUAUCGAGAAAUCAGAUUUGGCAUCCGCUAUCAAACAUGUCGGCGAAAACCUAAACAGAAACAGAUGCAAAUGGCCAUAUAUUGGCUUAGCCGUACCUGUGUUGCUUUGCCAUGAACGCUACGAGCAGGCACUGACGUUGUUGAAGGUCGCUAUCCCGAACGUGCAUCCUCUGUUCACGGGAACUUUAGCUGAGAAGUGUAUUGCUGCCAAAUGUGAAGCUUUAUUUGGUAUCCAUGAUGAGCAGUCCUUAAGAGAACUACGACAGGAAUUGGCAAAUCAUCAGACGAACAGUACUCGGUUGCUAAGAGACGUUCAGCUUUCGGUAGCUUUUUACUCUUUCAAAUUUCUUCACUUUUUAGAAUGUUGGAAUAAUUAA